AUGUCCAGUUCAACUUUAUCCGGUAAUGAUGAAAUUUUAAACAUGUUUUUCGAUGAGCAGUUCUUACCAUUUGGAUUCGUGGAUUUACUUCUAUCGCCAGACGAACAAAUCAAGAACCUUCAAUCUGUAGCAUCAUCUCUUCUAUCCAGGCUAGAUCUUUAUACAGAUCGAUUGACUACACAAUUGGAGUCAAAGAUUCAUAAGCUUAGGACGCCGACAGAACUUUUGACUUACACCAACGCUAAUACAGAGAUCGAACGCACUACGAAGCUUCAAUAUUAUUUGGACACCUUGAGCAAAUCUGUCAAAGACCUGAAGGAGGGCAUCUCAAAAGUCGAUACGGAGCUGGAAAAUCUCAAGUCAAAGGGCCAGGGCAGCACAAGUACAAUGCAAGAAUUGCAAGAUCUAAAUUUGAUAAAAAAUAGACUGGUCGAAAUUUCAAACUGUCUUGCGGACCUCCGAGCCAUAGUGAUCGCUUCAUUUGAAGGUAUCGGUGAGGACGAGAUUCCCCAAACCGUGACCUUAUCUGACUUUGAAGACUCUUUAAGAGUAUUAGGGGAUGCUCUGAGCGCAGAUUUCAGGGAAUGUGUAGCAGAAGAGUCACCAACAAGUCGGAACGAUGAGCUUUUGAACAAAGUGCUAAAUUACGAAGAGCUCAGGCAAGCUUUCCAGUGCUUAAAAAAAUUCGGUUCCGCAUACGACGUUUUUGUAGAUCGCAUCCGAGCAGAAGCCGAACAGUAUCUCCAGAAGAAAGACAUUGACCCAUCAUUUCUCUAA